GUCGCCCAUUCACCAAGCCAUUCAUGGGAUCCUAAGCUAACCCUACUAUCACCUUUCAACUUGUAACGCUAUUUGCUCAGCAGUCGGGCAACAUUUUGGCCUGUUGCACCAGCCAACCAAUCAUCUCUCCGCCAUGGCUUCGUCGCAGGAACCUGGGCUUCUUGAGCGUGGCAACCUUAAGGGUCUAAGCAAGGAGCUGCGACAUGGCCGUACUGCUCACAACAUGUCUUCCUCUUCUCUGCGCAAAAAAUCUGACCUCACUCUCGUUUCUAAGCUUCGAUGUGGAUUGCUUAGAAGCUUUUUGACUAAUCUUCAAGAAGUCAUUUUAGGGACUAAACUUUCUGUUCUUUUUCCUGCUAUUCCACUCGCCAUUGUUGCUGAGUGUUAUGGCUUUGGAAGACCGUGGAUUUUCGCUCUGAGCUUACUGGGUCUUAUUCCUCUUGCCGAACGACUCAGCUUUUUGACAGAGCAAGUUGCUUACUACACUGGUCCAACAGUUGGAGGACUCCUGAAUGCAACAUGUGGCAAUGCCACGGAGCUCAUAAUAGCUAUCUUCGCACUAAGCCAACACAAGAUAGAGGUGGUGAAAUAUUCUCUGUUGGGUUCCAUAAUCUCGAAUCUGCUUCUAGUCCUUGGGACCUCUCUCUUCUGUGGUGGGAUUGCAAACCUUAGAAGAGAGCAAAAAUAUGAUAGAAAACAAGCUGAUGUAAAUAUACUGCUUCUGCUCCUGGCAUUGUUGUGCCACAUCCUGCCACUUCUGUUUCGAAUUUCUGGCGCCUCCGCUGCUCUCACCGCCGUCCCAACACUCCAGUUGUCAAGAGCAAGUAGCAUUAUAAUGCUUCUUGCAUACAUUGCAUACAUCAUCUUCCAAUUAGUGACCCACAGGCAAUUGUUUGAAGCACCAGAGGAAUUGGAGGAUGGUGAUGAUGUGAUCUCAGAUGAAGCGCCUGUUAUGGGAUUCUGGAGCGGAAUUGCUUGGCUUGUGGGGAUGACUGCUAUUAUAGCUGUGUUAUCAGAAUAUGUUGUGGGAACAAUAGAGGCCGCUUCUGAUUCUUGGGGCCUCUCUAUUAGCUUCAUUAGUAUCAUCUUGCUACCAAUCGUAGGAAAUGCAGCAGAACAUGCUGGAGCAGUCAUAUUUGCUUUUAAGAACAAGUUGGAUAUAUCUUUAGGCGUUGCUUUGGGUUCUGCAACUCAAAUUUCUAUGUUUGUGGUUCCAAUGUGUGUGAUUGUUGCCUGGAUAAUGGGUAUUAAGAUGGAUCUUAAUUUCAAUCUCCUUGAGACUGGCAAUCUUGCUCUAGCAAUCAUCGCUACAGCCUUCGCUUUACAGGAUGGUACUUCUCAUUACUUGAAAGGAUUGGCGUUGCUGCUGUUCUACUUCGUCAUGGGAGCAUGCUUUUUCGUAUCCAAAGCACCAUUUAACCAAGGAAAUAUCAUCAAUUUAGGAGUCGAGACAGCAUCUGCAGGUGCAGUCCUCACAGCAUAGUACACAGACUAGAAGUUGUGAAGGUGAGUUCCUGGAUGAGGAAGGUGGCAUUCAAAUAUCUCUGGCCAUUAUGGAUGCAUUUAUUAUUCUUCAAUUCAAAAUUUUCUUUUUGAUGGAUAGCCUGCCGGAAAGCAAUUAAGCAAGCAAUUUGGAUUUUGUUUAAGAUGAUAUUUUGCCGUUCCUUCAAAGAUAAAAUGGAAGAUUUUACAAAGAGAAACCGGUUGUUGCUUUGUGAAGACAGGCUACCUAUUUGAGUGUUUGUCAUAUUGUAUAUAUGAUUUCCUGUGUUUUUGAAACUGGGUUUGAUUUCCAAUGCCAAUUAUAUUGAGAGCAAUUCGCAUA